AUGUCCGACGCCUUCGCGUCGUUCAAUGAGGCGUGGGACGACUUCACCGCCAGAGUCGCCGCCGGUUGGGACGGCUUUUUCAGCUCAACGAACAGACGACGCGACGAGAGCGGACGAAUCGCUCGAGCUCGCGCGACUGGAAUCGUGAGCGAACGCGACGCCGGACACGUCGCUCUGCCGUCGUACGCGUGCGAACUGGGAGAGAAGGUGCGCGUUUUAGACAUAGGGCAGAAUGCGAUCGCUUCGUUGGAGGAGCAGGCGCUCGGAAGGCUCACGGGGACGACGCAGGCGCGGCUGGACGGGAACGCGCUCCGCGCGCUCCCGCGCGCGCUGUUCGACAUGACGCGUUUGCGAACGCUAGACGUGCGAGGAAAUCGCCUGCGCGCCAUACCAGACGCUAUAGAUCGUUUGCGGGCGCUGGAGCAGUUGAACAUGGACGAUAACGAGCUGGAGACGCUCCCGGCGAGUCUCGGACGGUUGACGCGGCUGCGUCGCGUGACGGCGAGCGGGAACAAAUUGCGAGAUUUCGCGUGCGCGGCCGCGCUUGGAUCGUGCGACGCGCUCGAGGUGGUAUCGUUCGCAAAAAAUGUGAGGAUGCGAGGCGCGAUUCCGUCGAGUUGGUCGCGUCUCGAGAGAUUGAAGGAGAUCGACGUCGACGAGACGGCGGUGGAGUCGGUACCGGCGGAAAUUUUCUCCGGGUGCGUCGCCCUUCACACCCUCAGCGCUCGCGCGUGCUCAAAUCUGGAUAUUGGCGCGCUCAAAUCAACCCCUGGAUACGACGAAUACGACCGUCGUCGCGUCGACAAGCACACCAAGCAAAUCGAGUCCAGAGUGCUCCUCGACUCGGCGCGUCUCGACGAGCGCCUCGGGUAA